AUGAGAUGUUGGGUUUUGAAUGAGGUGCUCUCCAUCAUAUUAGCACUCCUGUGGGUGGGAGUGAACUUAUAUCUGUUCAUCGACACAUACUACUGGUAUGAAGAGGAAGAAUCCUUCCUUUACACACGAGUUAUUCUGGGGUCAACACUGGCUUGGGCACGAGCAUCGGCAGUGUGCUUGAACUUCAACUGCAUGCUAAUCCUAUUACCAGUCACCCGAAACCUUAUUUCAUUCAUGAGAGGGACGUGUGUGUGUUGCCGAGGACCAUGGAGAAGACAAUUAGACAAAAAUCUUAAAUUCCACAGACUGGUUGCCUAUGGGAUAGUCAUCAAUGCAACCAUUCACAUCGUGGCACAUUUGUACAACCUGGAACGCUACCAUGCCAGUCAGUCGGCAGAAGUGGGGGGACUUCUGGCUGUACUUUCUAAACUCGGAGACACCCGAAAUGAAACCUACCUCAACCCCAUCCGGACCUUCCAUACGAACACAACCACUGAGUUGUUAACCACGAUUGCGGGUGUUACUGGCCUCGUGAUCACGCUGGCUCUCAUCCUGAUCGUGACCUCCUCCACCGAGUCCAUCAGGCAGGCCUCCUACGAGCUCUUCUGGUAUACACACCAUGUCUUCAUCAUCUUCUUUAUCAGCUUGGCUCUCCACGGAGCCGGUCGGAUUGUUCGAGGCCAAACAUCAGAGAGUCUCUUACUACACAACGUUACCCGCUGUCGAGAACGCUAUGCUGAGUGGCAAGCAGCCAGCCCGUGUCCCCUGCCUCAGUUUGCUGGCAAGGAACCCUCGGCUUGGAAAUGGGUUUUUGGCCCCGUGGUCUUGUAUGCAUGCGAAAGAAUAAUUAGGUUCUGGCGAUUUCAGCAAGAAGUUGUCAUUACCAAGGUGCUGAGUCAUCCUUGUGGAGUCCUAGAACUGCACAUGAAGAAGCACAACUUCCACAUGGAGCCCGGCCAGUACAUCCUGCUCCAGUGCCCGGCCAUCUCUGCGCUGGAGUGGCACCCUUUCACCCUCACCUCUGCGCCCCAUGAGGACUUCUUCAGCGUACACAUCCGGGCAGUGGGAGACUGGACAGAAGCUCUGUGCAAGGCCUUCGGGGUGGGAAACCAGGCCCCACAAGAGCUGCGGAGCCUGCCAAGGCUGGCAGUGGACGGGCCAUUUGGAACACCCCUGACCGACGCGUUUCACUACCCAGUGAGCGUGUGCAUUGCUGCGGGGAUCGGGGUCACGCCAUUCGCCGCUCUUCUGAAAUCUCUCUGGUACCAGUGCGAGUCCCAGAACCCACUGAAGCUGAGCAAGGUGUAUUUCUACUGGAUUUGCCGGGAUCCAAAGGCCUUUGAAUGGUUUGCUGAUCUCUUACUGUCUCUGGAAACACACAUGAGCGAGCAAGGAAAACCUUAUUUUCUGAGUUACCACAUAUUUCUUACAGAAUGGGAUGAGAACCAGGCUAUUUACAUAGCUCUACACUGGGAUGAAACGACUGAUGCGAUUACGGGGUUAAAGCAGAAAACCUCCUACGGAAGGCCCAACUGGAACAAGGAGUUUCAGCAAAUGGCUUACAACCACCCCAGCAGCAGUAUUGGCGUGUUCUUCUGUGGGCCCAAAAGUCUCUCAAAAACGCUCCAAAAGAUGUGCCAUUUGCAUUCGUCAGCUGACCCCAGGGGGGUGCAUUUUUACUACAAUCAGGAAAGCUUCUAG